UCCCCUCCCUACAUUUUUUUUUCUUCUCCUGUCGUUGUUUGUUGAGAAAAUGCCUAAUAGAAAAGAAAAAGGGUAAUGUAAUUUUCUCCAACUAAAACCUACCUCUCCCCUGUUUCCACCUCUUCGUGACCUCUAUUUAAGCUGAAGCUCUGCCUUCAAUUCGAACUUCCCACUCAACCAGCUUUCCAGUUUCUUAAGGCAACUUCCGGUCCAUAAAACCCUUGAGUAGCAUCAAUCGCGUCCUUAUAAAAACGUCCAUCCUUGUCUCUGUUACUUGCUCUUCUGGAGGCUGGAGCAUCAUUACAAUGUCUAGCAGGAGACCAGCAUCCAGAGCUACUUCUUCAACAAUGUCUGAAGAUGAGAUUAUCACUGACCUCGUCUUGAAACUACAAGCCCUCCUGCCUCACCUUAAUCCAAGGCAGCAGCCCUCGAGGGCACAGGCAUCGAAGGUGUUGAAGGAGACAUGCAGCUACAUCAGGAAGCUGGAGAAAGAGGUGGAUGAUCUGAGUGGAAGGCUGUCUCAGUUGCUGGGCACCAUUGAUCCCAACAAUCAGGAUUUCGACUUGGACUCCAUCAGAAGUUUACUACAAAUAUGAUCGGCUUAAUCUGGUUUUGAUUAAGUUAAUUAAAAUCGGAUUAUCUUAAUGAUUCGGUUUUGUCCUAUUCUCUCUACUUCCACUUCUUCUCCCACCACCAAACCCCUUUUUUUCAUUUGGGCUAUGUAGUUGUACAAUAUGAGUAGCCAUCUUGUCGUUAUCUGGUCAGGGGUUAAUUAGUGUGGAGCCAAUUAAGCUUGCAAUAUUCGUCAAAAAAAAAAACAAUUAAGCUUUGCAACAAUGUAUGAAUAUAAUUUUCGUUUUUUA